ACAAAUAAGAAAAAUACACAUGUCACUCAAUUUUUUUUUUUUUUCUUCCUCCAAAUCAAUCAAUCCAAGCAUAGCGGUAAGGAUAUCAGAAUCUCAGGCGAAAACCAAGGUUAGGUUAAUAGUUGUUUCAGAGGUAUAUGCAGAGGGCCUGAGAGACAACAACGAACGAAGAUCAGAAACCACACAUGUAAUAACAACUAUAUUAUCAUGAAUCAAUGAAGAUAGUGACUUACAACAUUAACGGCCUCAGGCCUCGGGUCUCACAGUUCGGCUCUCUCCUUAAAUUACUUGACUCUCUCGAUGCCGAUAUCAUCUGUUUUCAGGAGACGAAGUUAUCGAGGAAGGAUUUAACGGCGGAUUUGAUCGUCGCCGAAGGCUACGAGUGCUUCUUUUCCUGCACGCGCACGUCUGAUAAAGGACGCAUCUGCUACUCCGGUGUUGCAACAUUUUGUCGAGUAAAGUCGGCAUUUUCGAGCAAUGAAGUGGCUUUGCCAGUUGCAGCUGAGGAAGGCUUUACUGGGGUGCUGGAACGUUCAAAAGGGUCAAGAAGUGGAGAAGAUGAAAGACCUGGAAAAGCAGAGGGCCUUGAGGAAUUCACAAAGGAGGAGCUUCUUAAGGUUGACGGUGAGGGGCGAUGCGUCAUAACAGACCAUGGCCAUUUUGAAAGUGAUGAUACAGAGAGGAUCCAGUUUAAGCUCACCUUUUUUACGAUCUUACAGAAAAGAUGGGAGUUUCUCCUGCAUCAAGGAAGAAGGAUAUUCGUUGUUGGAGAUCUCAACAUUGCUCCUGCUGCUAUAGAUAGCUGUAAUCCAAGACCAGACUUUGACAAGAACAAGUUCAGGAGAUGGUUUAAAUCCAUACUAGUGGAAAACGGCGGCAAUUUCUUUGAUGUUUUUAGAGCAAAACAUCCUGAGAGGAGAGAAGCAUACACUCACUGGUCACAGACCACUGGGGCUGAAGAAUUCAAUUAUGGAGCUAGGAUAGACCAUAUUCUCAGUGCUGGAUCAUGUUUACAUGACGAUGAUGGCCAGAAAGGUCAUAAUUUUUUGAAUUGCCAUGUGAAAGACUGUGACAUAAUGAUGCAGUUUAAACGAUGGAGGCCUGGAAGUUCACCUAGGUGGAAAGGAGGGAGAAACAUCAAAUUGGAAGGUUCUGAUCAUGUUCCUGUAUAUAUGAGUUUGGUGGAAAUCCCAGAUAUUCUGCAGCAUAGUACUCCCUCUUUGUCUGCUAGAUAUGCUCCAGAAGUUCGUGGGUUCCAGCAGACUAUUGUGUCAGUGUUGAUGAAAAGACAAGUACCGGAGCAAGUUAAGACAGAUGAAGUGUCAAAUUCACUUUCACUGGAAAAUAUUUCAGUUGGGAGUUGCAUUGAGAGUGUGAAAAGAUCAUCUUAUGACUGCAGUGUACCUGGCUCAUCCUUACAAGGAAGUUUUCAUUCUUCAAGCCUUGAACCUAAAGCUAUCAUUCAAAGAACAGAUGAUCUCCCUGGAGGUUCUUCUAAUGAGACUGCUCAUGCUAAGAUGACUGCAUUUGGUAGUGGCCCUGUUAACUCAAUACCUGGCACAGAAAUCAGGAAAAAAGCAAGACAAAGUCAAUGGUCACAACUCUCACUGAAAUCAUUUUUUCAGAAAAGUUCGACAUCUGGAGUUGGUAAUGAUAACAACUCUCCGGAUGUCUCAAAGUCUGAUCAGUCAUUGAAUGAAACUUUCAUUGGUGAUCAGGAAAGCAAUAGUCCUGAGCAGUCUCAGUUGAAUGAUUGUGCAACUACUCAGGAUCAAGGUAACCCAAAUGCCUGUUGCUCUGCAGAGGCGGAGAAGAGUAAUGUUGCUUUACUAGAGUGGCAAAGGAUUCGACAACUCAUGCAGAGCAGCGUACCCCUUUGCAAAGGCCACCGUGAACCAUGUGUUUCUCGGGUUGUGAAGAAAGCAGGCCCUAGUCUUGGCCGCAGAUUUUAUGUCUGUGCUCGUGCUGAGGGCCCUGCAUCUAAUCCUGAAUCAAAUUGCGGCUAUUUUAAGUGGGCUGCUUCUAAACCCAAGGGCCAAAGAUGACGGAAAUUGCUGAUAAGUGAUUAGCAUUUCUAGUCAGAGCUGAGGUUUUUUCCAUGUGAUGUCAAGCCAUCCAUUUGCUGCAUUUCUGGAGUGUAAAUCUCUGCUGUUUUGCAGUCUCGAAGUUCAAUGCCUUGUAAAGUAUGUAGCUUUCCUUUGAAGCUUAAUCCCUAUCAGUUUCUUCAACAAAUGUUUCCUGCUUUUUGUUUGCUCUCCAGCAGUGGUUGCAUUGCAUCAGUAGAGAAAGUUGGGCAUUAGCCAGCAACAUCAUCGUUGUUUCAGGAUCAUGAAUGUUGCUAUGCUUCUUUAGUAUUUUUUUUUUUUGGCCAAGCAAUGUAAUUUAUGUUUCCCUUCACCUUAAAAUCAGCUUGUCAUGUCCCUUGAGUCUUACUGAUUAAGAAAAUGUGAUCAACUUUUUUAAUAUGGUUCAAUCUAGUGCCAUAUUGUUAGCCAUGUUUCCCAUAAACACUGCAUUCAGGCACCAA